AUGGACCCGAGCGUGCUCCAAGAUGCCCAAAUCUUUGCCUUUUUCACGUAUCUAGCCGCCGCAUCCCUGGCCAUCCACUCGACAAAUUUCGUCAAGUGGGAUCGGGUCUUCAAGAUUCGACAGGGACUGCAAAUCCACACGCUGAUGGCUCUCGCCACUGUGUUUUCGUGCUUCUUCUGUGUGGGAAUCAUGGGGCAGAUGUUUGGUCCAUGCGCAAACGACUGGACAUGCACGCAGCUCGCAAGCUUCCUCUUUGCCCUGGGCGAUUGCGUCGGCUCGGCCUCCAUCGGAUGGUCCUACGUCUUGAGGCUGAGAGUAAUGACGCUCAACAACGAGCCCACGUAUCCCUGGCUCUUUAUUUUUGGCAUCAUGCCGAUCAUCUACGGCGUCAACGACCUCUACUUCCUCCUCAUGAUCUAUGGGAUCACCUCGUGGGAUGUAUCGACGUACUACCAGUUUGUCUUCAACAUGGGGCUCGAGGCCAACUUGGUGUGUCUGCAUGCCCUGAUGAUGUACCGCCUCUACCAACUCAACAGCUCCGUCAAGCUCCUCCACGGCUCGUCUCGGGCGAGCACCACCAGCCAGAAGCCCGGUCGCCGCACCGACUUUGAGAGUGCCCAGCAAGAGGGCAAGGUCCUGAUUGCAGCCAUCGCGACCGAGCUCAUCGUCUAUCUUAUCUUCCUCAUCUUCUCCAUCUAUGACCCCACUCAAACGAUCGGAUAUGCCGUCACGGCGUUCUUCUGGGUCGUCGACAUCUACUUGUUCUGCGUCGUCAACAACUUUAUCGCCAAGCUCAUCAAGCUUUCUGCCGGGCGCUCAACCAGCGAAGAGACCCCAGUCGGGCCCCUCCAGAGCAACAGCAUGGCCUGA